ACCCGCUGUACAAUCGGAUGAUCCCGGGCGGGUGGAGCUAAGUAGGAGGAAAUGGUACAGUUGGCUGACUGCUCCCAAGAAAACCGGCAGCGAGCAUCUCUACCCGGCAGUUUCAUCGGUCAUCUUCACAGCUUCUUACUCAUCGUUAUUGCAACAGCUAUCAAGCAAGAUAAAUCUAUCAAGCAGAACUUCAGUCUAUUCACAAAAACACAUCAACAUUUAGCUACUUAUAAACCAAGCAACACUUGUAUGUUGCAAUUUCUGGAGGUGUCUGUGAAGGGCUCGGAGAUUAACGUUUCAGAUAAACGGCUGCAGGAUGGAGACGCAGAUACAUGUGCCAGUCGGGUCGCCGGUCAUUAGAAAAAUUCCCAUUUUCGUGGACGAACACAACGUAACGGAGGGGGCGAUGAAGCUCAUUAAAGAGCUGAGACCGACGUGGGACACCAGCCAUGUCAAGACCAAGCUCUUCACUGAUGGAACCACCAACAAGCUGGUGGGCUGCUACGUGGAGGACAGUCCAGAGGACGUCGUGCUGGUCCGAGUGUACGGGAACAAGACUGAGCUGAUUGUGGACAGAGACAAUGAGCUCAAGAGCUUUCAGGUGCUACAUGCUAAUGGUUGCGCUCCUCGUCUCUACUGCACCUUUCAGAACGGCAUCUGCUAUGAGUUCAUGCAGGGGGAUGCUCUGGGGACGCAGGAUGUCAGGGAUCCUUCCCUACUCAGACUGAUAGCCAGGGAGAUGGCUCGUAUUCAUGCCAUCCACGCACACAACGGCUGCAUCCCCAAACCUAACCUCUGGAUCAAGAUGAGGAAAUACUUCUCCCUUGUGGCCACAGAGUUCACCGAUCAAGCCUCCAACAUCAGGAUCCAGCAGGAGGUUCCCAGCAAGGUGGUGCUGGAGCAGGAGAUGGUGUGGAUGAAGGAGCAUCUCUCCACGCUGGGCUCCCCUGUGGUGCUCUGCCACAAUGACCUGCUCUGCAAGAACAUCAUCCACAACAGCAAAGAGGGUCAUGUUCGGUUCAUUGACUAUGAAUACUCCAGCUACAACUACCAGGCCUUCGACAUUGGCAACCACUUCAACGAAUUUGCAGGUAUGACUGAGCUGGACUACGGGCUGUACCCCAGUCGGGAGAUGCAAAUGGACUGGCUCAAAGUUUACCUGCAGGCAUACAAACUCUUCACCAAGAAAACAGAGGAGGUCAGCCCACGAGAGCUGGAGACACUCUACGUACAGGUCAACAAGUUUGCUCUGGCUUCUCACUUCUUUUGGGGCUUCUGGGCGCUCAUCCAGGCCAAAUACUCCUCCAUCGAUUUUGACUUCCUUGGGUACGCUGUGCUUCGUUUCAACCAGUACUUUAAGACCAAACCUGCAGUGAUGGCCAUGCAGAUCCCAGAAUGAGAGGAGACAGAGGAGGACAGGAUGAGGCGAGAAGACAGGCGGGAGGGUGUCAACAGGUUUCGUGCUGGGACGUCCUGUAGGGUGGGAACGCUUCUCUGUGAGCCAGCUAUUGAUGGACCACUCUGUGGUCUACCUGGCAUCCUUUUCUGCAACGAGUGCAGUUCCUCUUUUAUUCCUCCAAACUUAGCUUCACAUCUGUCACAACCCUAGCUCAAGAAUUAUAAAACUCAUGUGCGUUCGCUGUGUGUAUGUGAGUGUGUGCUUGUUUAUGUUCUUAAUUUAUCUGGAUAAACCUGACGUCUCGCUUUCCCUCUGCAGCUGAACCAGGCGUAGUGAGCACAGCAGUCUGAGUUUGGGGUAGAGUUCACUCACUUAAAACCUGCUUCAUUAUCUGUCACACUGGCGCCAAUAUGUUCCACGGUGCUGGUAAUGAAGGUCAAAAGAAGGAUGAGACUGUAACGAAGAGUUUGAUGCUGACGUUGGCGGUUCGUUCUGUUCUCUGUGUAUCUUAUGGCUCAAUGCCACGACCUCAAUGCAGUUAGAAACUGACUCCAGUGGCAUUUCACCUGGGAUUCCUCACAUUCUGCAUGUGGUGUGCGGUGGGACCAUUCCUCCUUUUGUCUUAAGUUAUUUUAACAGUUUGACUUCUAAUCUAUGUGAUCCUUCCUCUCAUUUCUCCAUUUAUGGUGCUAAGUGCUUGUAGCCGCGGUAUUUCUGCACUGCAUUUCCCAGAGAUCGCCUGUGCAUCACACACUGUGGGCAGCACUGUGUCGUUCCUCUUUCCCCGGAUCGAUGCAGGUUGAGCUUCUGUCGGUUUCUCCUCUAGCUGCUCCCAGCAAACUGCUUUUGCUGCUGCUGAAAUAUGAAACAUACUUUUCUGUGUGCUAGUGGACUUUCUCCCCUGGAAGGAGCUACCAGACACUGAGUGUGUGGAACAGCAAAUAGAAAAGCUUUUCAUGGCCUGGCUGUUGGUUGAAUCACUAUUGUGUUAUAGCAAUCAGUGAUAGAGAGCGGCUAAAGGUGCAUUUAUUUAUUUAUGUGGAUUAUUCAUCUCAGGUCAACAACUCUUCAGUUUGGGUUGCUUUAGUAAGUGUUGCUUUGUGUUGAAAUGGGAAGUGGAACUGAAGCAGGAGGGGAGAUAGAUUUCUUUUUUUUUUUUAAAUAACGGACCUGUGUAAAUGUCACUCUAAACUCUGUGUUCAUUUCUGUCCUCACACUGUUUUUCCACCGUCUUGACUUUUAUGGUUAAAGUGAAACGCUCUGUUAAACUUUCCAGACCUCUUGGAAAAAUCCCCCCCCUCCUCACCACUUCUCUAAUGCUUUCCUGUGUCUGAUCCCUGUUCACAUUACUAUCUCCUCCCACCCCUGUUUUGUUUCAUCUCUCCCUUUGUCAGUGGAUAUUGAGGCAGUAACACCUGCUCCACUGGCCGUCUUAACAUCAGAGCACCAUACUGUAAUCCAUUCAUAUUCACAUCACAGAUUCUAGGCCAAAUUUUGUCAUUUAAUCAGACAUUGCAUAAGUUAUAUGGAGGGUCAAACCAAGUCUAUCUGGGGCUCUGUGUCCAUCGUGACAUCACCUCGUACUUGGAUGGAAAAAGACAUCAUCUGACUCUGACACUAACUUUGUCAUUUCCUGUAGGGAGGAAAUCCUCAUUCUACUGUCAGCAAAAAUGCUAGAACCCUUAAACGGGACUUGACUGGUUUUACACAUCAAAGUCUGUUUACAGGUAUUUGGGAGUCCUAUUGCAAAUGUGAAAGAAGUUUAAUAAAAUCUUUUGAGCAGUGUGAAAUCUCCUCAAGUGAUGUCACUUGAGUCGGCGUCGGUUGGGGCUGAACAAGUUGAAAAAUAAAAAAAAUCUGGAGGUGUGGCAUUAGAAAUAGGUGAGCUCACCAGACCUCUGUAGCCUGUA